AUGGCACUUCGAACUCCCCCAAGAGGCGCAUUUGACAAGAUGACCUUCGAGAUUUUACCGAAGAAGUAUACUACUGUGACGACGGAUAAUAUCUGGAAGAAGGGGAAAGCCCACAAGUGGUCGCGAAGCUGCCUUAUUCCCGCUGACGAGAAGACCAAAGAAACCUUCUCUAUUCCCUGUAAAAGGGUGCUACUCAGAAAGUUCUAG